AAGUCACAAACAAACGAAAACAAGGGCCCGCUUCGAGUUUGCGCGGUGUCGUUUUGCUGUUAUAGUAGUUUGAAAAUGUCAAUAAUAGCGAUAAUGAAGUAUACAAAACUCAACAUCGCUAUCUCUCAACGCGCAUGCGUCUUUACGCAUUGGGAUAUAACGUGGAAAAAUCAUUACAGUGCAUGGAAAGCCCUGCAUAGCUCGGCCGUUCGCUCGACAUUUUGGCGUAAAAGAUGGCCUUAACCUUACACGAAAGCUUUGAAAGGUGUUGCCGACUAUGUGCGGAGGAGCAAGAAGUGACUAUAAUGAUAUUCAGCGCAGAAGCCGAAGCUAUGCUUCUGCAGAACAAAUUGAACAAGUACUUGUUAAUUGAGGUAGAUGAGGAAGACAAACUGCCUAAAAAUAUUUGCAUCAGAUGCUGUUCCAAAUUGCAAACUGUCUGUGAGUUCAUUGACACGGCCCGCAAGGCGCAGGAGGUGCUGCUCAACCAAAGCAUCAUACUGGACCAAUUCGACCCCCCCAGCUCCCAGAAUUGUAUGGUGCAACCUAUAACUGAAAUAAAAUCAGAAGUUGAAUACUCCGAUGAUGAAAACCACAUCACUGAAAUGGAAAUUAGUGUCGAUCCAAUGAUGAUUCUUCAGAAUUCUGACAGUUUAUUGUCUCCUAAUGUAGAAGAGAGUACAGAAGAUAAAUGUAAUGAUCAAGAAGAAGACAUAACACACCUGCACAGUGUAGAUGGUGAGAAUGUAACUAUCAAAUUAAUCAAAAAAGGUGAUGCACCUACAGACCAGUCCGGACCAGGUUUAAAGAAAAAGAAAAUUAAACCAUUCCCAUGUAUUACAUGCAAAAGAAGUUUUUACACAGAGUUGGCUUUGAAGAAUCACUCUUGGAUACAUUUCAAUGAGGAAAGGGUAAACAAGAAAUUUAAAUGUGGCACUUGUGAGGAGAGCUUCGACUACAAGUGUGAUUUAAUUGUGCAUUUGAAGAAACACCGAACAAACGGGAUGUGCACAAUAUGUGGUAGAUGUUUCAGAACAGACAGAACUUUAGCAGCACACAUGACUGUCCACAUGGCGUCUAGUAAAGCAUACACUUGUAAAGUAUGUGGAAGGUCAUACAAUACACGGAGUAACUUGAAAACACACAGCAUCACGCAUAGCAGCGAGAGGCCAUAUCAUUGUCACCUCUGUAAGAAAAGUUUCAAGAGAAAUCAGGAUUUAAAGUUCCACAUCAAUCAACACACUGGAGCGAAGCCGUACAAAUGUCCAUUUUGUGAUAAAAGCUUUGCAAGCUCCGGGAACUGCUACUCUCAUAGAAGUCGGAUGCAUCCUGGGCGUCGGGUCGAUGCCAAGGUUCGGAGACGCAUGGCAGCGUCCCUGGAGACGGGCGCGGGCCGCGCCGCCGCGCUGCACCCACGCCCCAUCGCGCCCAAGCCGGCGCCGGCGCCCGCGCAGCUGACCUCCGUCAAGGGCAUCUUCAAGUACCAGUGCAGCCUCUGCAACCAUAGCUUUAUGAGGAGAGACAAUUACACGUAUCACAUGUAUCAGCAUACGGGUGAAAAGCCAUUCCAGUGCACGUUCUGCCAGGGCACGUUUGUGACGAGGACAGGACUGUUACUGCAUCACGACAAGGAGCAUCCUGAUAGCGAUCGGCCCCUUGCGCUGCUGUCCAAGAAUGUGCUAUUAAAGUAAUGCUAGUAGUCGAUAUACAAGAGGCGCCCCCUGUCUAUGUAGAA